AGAAAUUAUAAGAAAAGCUUUAAACAUCUGGUCUGAACCUACCAAUGGCUACUUAAAAUUCAUCGAUGUUACACCUUCAAAUCGAUUCAGUGAAAAAGUUGGUAAUAUUGAUAUUUUGUUUGCAAAAUACGAUCACGGUGAUCAGGAAGCAUUUGAUGGGAAAGGUGGUAUCAUUGCACACUCAGGAUAUCCUUCCGAUGGAAUUGUACAUCUUGAUGGAUCUGAAUUUUGGUCUAUAAAUGGAAAAAAAGGUUUAGACCUGAGAUAUGUUAUUCUUCAUGAACUUGGACAUGCCCUUGGAUUACGUCACUCUGAAAAGAAUGCUACAAUUAUGAGUCCCUACUAUUACAGAGACCAGUUGGCUGACGCUUUCAAACUGUCAGACGAUGAUAUCAAAGGUAUUCAGAUGUUAUAUCACAAUAGUAAUAACAAAUCUGAAAAGCCAUUUAAUUA